UACGUACACCAUGAAUGAAUUCUUCACUGUUCAACAAUGAGAGGUGUUGGUGCACAAUCACGUCGUUGCGUCACUGGGUUUCAAUGCGGCUUCAUUGCACUAAUAGCGUUACUUUUCUUUGUACAUUCAAGGUACUCUUUAACCAAGAACUACGUUAAAUCUUCUACCUCCAAGAACCCGAUCCAUGGUGAAUCAGGCUCCAUUUUGAAGACCCUUAUCCAUGAACCCAAAGAUCACUCCAAAGACACCCCUAAUCAUCCACUAGACCCACUUACCUUACUCGAAAUCGAAAAGACCCGAUCCAUUCUCUCAUCCUAUCGAGGCUUCAAAUCCACCAGCAGCCCAUUAAUUAACUCUUUGUCGCUCCAAGAACCCGACAAGAACCGGGUCUUGGGUUGGCAAAAAGGUGAUCCACUCCCACCAAGGGAGGCCUUUGUGAUUGCGUUGUUAGAUGGGAGGGUUCAUGAGUUCGUGGUGAAUCUGGAUAUGAACCGGGUUGCGAGUCAUGAGAUUUAUUCGGGUCCGGGUUAUCCGAUGUUGACGAUGAUCGACAUUCAGGUUGCAUUGGAGGUGGCCUACGCUUACGAUGACCUUGUCAAAGCCAUCACCGCACGCGGAGUCAAGAUGGCUGACGCGGAGUGCCGUACGCUCUCGCCCGGUUGGUUUGGGCCAGAAGAGGAAAAACGGAGGGUCGUCAAGAUUCAAUGCUUUUCCGGCAAAGACACGACAAAUUUCUACAUGAGGCCCAUUGAAGGAAUCACCGUAACAAUCGAUGUUGACAAGAAAGAAGUCAUUAAAUUUGUCAACACCGGAAGGGAUAUUCCGAUCGCCAGCGGCGACAAUACCGAGUACCACUAUUCGGCCUACAAAAACAACCCGUUAAAGAUGAGGCCAUUAAAGCCCAUAUCAAUAGAGCAGCCAGAAGGGCCGAGUUUCAUCAUUGAAGACGGACAUAUAGUGAAAUGGGCAAAUUGGGAGUUUCACCUCAAGGCAGACCAACGAGCCGGGAUGAUAGUUUCACGAGCCACGAUUCGUGACUCGGAGACUGGCGAGCCAAGGAGUGUGAUGUACAAAAGUUUCACGUCAGAAAUGGUUGUGCCCUAUAUGGACGUCGACGACGCUUGGUAUUACCGAUCGUACCUGGAUGCCGGUGAGUUCGGGUUAGGAUCAACGGCAAUGUCAUUAGUACCCCUAAAUGAUUGUCCUAGACAUUCAUACUACAUGGAUGGGGUCUUUACGUCGUCGGAUGGGAAGCCCUAUGUCAUGCCAAACAUGAUUUGUGUGUUUGAGCGUUACGCUGGCGAUGCUAGUUGGAGGCACUCAGAAAACCCCGUUAGGGGACCCGAGAUUAGAGAAGCAAGGACUAAGGUAACACUUGUGGCUCGAACGAUAGCAUCAGUUGGUAACUAUGAUUACAUCUUGGAUUGGGAGUUCCAAACAGACGGUUUAGUCCAUAUAAAGGCGACUCUUACAGGGAUGUUGAUGGUAAAAGGAGUUCCAUACUCCAAUGCAACUCAAAUUCCAAAUCCAGAAGACAUGUCAGGAAUCCUUGUGUCCGAAAAUGUUAUCGGUGUGGUACACGAUCACUUCAUAACAUUCUACCUAGACAUGGAUGUUGAUGGCUCUGAUAAUACAUUCGUGAAGGUUAAUUUAGUGAAGGAAGAGAGUAAGCGAGCACCUAGGAAAAGUUACUUGAAGCCUAAGAGACAUGUAGCUAAGACUGAGGACGAUGCACGUAUUAAGAUUAGCUUGUAUGAUCCCUACGAGUUUCAUGUAAUUAAUCCGAAGAGGACGUCUAGGUUAGGAAAUCCGACUGGUUAUCGAGUCGUUCCUGGUGGAACUGCUGCUAGCUUGCUUGAUCAUGACGAUUCUCCACAAUUGAGAGGCGCCUUCACAAAUAAUCAGAUAUGGGUGACACAUUACAACAAGAGCGAAUUAUGGGCUGGAGGGCUUUAUACUUAUCAAAGCAAGGGAGAAGACACACUAGAAGUAUGGUCUAAAAGGAAUCGGCCAAUUGAGAAUAAAGACAUAGUGGUAUGGUACACACUGGGUUUCCAUCACAUACCAUGUCAAGAGGAUUUCCCAAUAAUGCCAAGUGUUUCAUCAGGUUUUAGUCUGAAGCCUGUCAAUUUCUUUGAAAGAAAUCCAAUUCUUAGGGCUGCACCUGUUUCAGAGGAGGAUAUGCCAGGGUGUAGAGCAGUUUGCUGAGUAUUGAUGAAGAGAUUUAAGAGGAAACCUAGUUGCCAGAUCAACUUGAAUUUUGUUCUUUUGGAGUUAUGUUUUGUAGUUGAAAAUUUCAUAUUAUUAAAGUUUCUUUACUUACAAAAACACAAGCAAAUUCUGAGGUGUUUUGGGGGUAAUGUAAAAUAAAACCUUCAAGUAGAGGUAAGGGCAUUGGAGCCAUGUCUUUACAUUUUAGUGCUCGGUUGGUUCGUGAAUUUGGAGAAAAUGAAAAGAGGAUGUCAAGAAAGCUAUUUUCCUCGUAGCAUCAUUUCUUGCCAAUGUUUGGAUCAUACUGUCAUAUUAUUUUCUUUGUAUUA